AUGGGCCACAGGCAGUCAAAGGAGCAUGAUGGUAGAGGAGAUGGUGAGGAUGGGGUUGCUGCUGGCUAUUGGCAUGGCAAUUCAGCAAAUAUUAUAGAGUAUUUCCCAACACAGGCUCUAAACUUUGCUUUUAAGAACAAAUACAAACAGAUUUUCAUGUCCAAAGUUGAUCAGCUGUUCCAGGGCCUUGGUGCCUGUAUUAUUACACCUGCAAAGAUAGAUGGGCUUCCUGGCCUGUACCAAGGUUUUGGUGUUUCAGUACAGGGAAUCAUUUUAUACCAAGCCUCCUAUUUGGGAUGUUAUGGCACCAUUGAGGGAUUAUUACCAAAUCCAAAGCAAAUCUCAUUCGUCUUCCCUUUUUUCAUUGCUGAAAUUUUGACUUCUUGCUCAGCAAUGCUGUCUUACCCUUCUGAUACUGUCAGGAGACACAUGAUGAUACAGGGCAGGGAGACUAAACAUCAGUAUAAAGGAACAGGUGACUGUUUUAUCAAAAUGUAUGAGCAAGAGGGGCUUCAUGCUUUCUUCUGUGGAGCGUUCUCCAACAUCUGUUAGGGAACAGGAGGAGCCUUUGUGCUAGUUCUUGAUGACAAAAUGAAGUACAUCUUUAAUCUCCAUGUUCCAGAGACUUGA